AUGAGCACUUUAGAUCAAUCCUUUGUCACCAACGGUUCCUGGAAGCCCGAUCUCUUCAAGGGCAAGGUUGUCUUUGUCACCGGAGGAGCAGGUACCAUUUGCAGAGUGCAGACCGAAGCCUUGGUAUUACUUGGAGCCAACGCUGUUAUUAUUGGUAGAAACGUCGAAAAGACUGAGAAGGCUGCCGCAGAAAUUCAACAAUUGAGAGCCGGUGCUAAAGUCAUUGGAAUUGGUGGAGUCGAUGUCAGAUCAGUAGAAUCGAUCGCAAAGGCUGUGGAAGUCACUGUCAAAGAGCUUGGCCGUAUCGAUUUCGUCAUUGCUGGUGCCGCUGGUAAUUUCAUUUCAGACUUCAACCACUUGUCUUCCAAUGCUUUCAAGUCUGUCGUUUCCAUUGACUUGUUGGGUUCGUAUAACACAGCAAAGGCCACAUUCCAAGAACUCAGAAAGACCAAAGGUGCCUACUUAUUUGUUUCGGCCACCUUGCACUAUUACGGUAUUCCAUUCCAGUUGCAUGUUGGCGCUGCUAAGGCUGGUGUAGAUGCUCUUUCCAAUGCCUUGGCUGUUGAAUUGGGUCCUUUGGGAAUCCGUUCCAAUGCCAUUGCUCCCGGUUUAAUCGAAGGAACAGAAGGCUUUGCUAGAUUGGCACCACCUAGUGAGGAUGGGGGAAAUGGCUUACGUGACAAAAUCCCAUUACAAAAAUUCGGUACGAGUAGAGAUAUUGCCGAAGCCACUGUCUAUUUGUUCUCUCCAGCUGCUUCUUAUGUGACCGGUACUAUUGAAGUUGUUGACGGUGGGGCAUGGCACAUCGGGAGUUACAUGCAAGAUCUCUAUCCUUCCGUGGUUAUCGCUGCUAACGAAGAUCCAUCAGCAAAGAUCUAA